AUGUUCACCGGAUCAAUUAAUCUCAAAACAAAGGAGGGCUGUAUUAUACGCAUCCACAAGACCGAUGGACACACAAAGGGUCACCGUGAGCGAAAGUCACUGUCUUCACUGACUCAGGUCGCCGCCAACCCACACAUUUACCGGUGCUUUGGUUCUGCAUUUACCAGACAAAUGCAUUUAGUUCAAACUACUCCUUCAUUCUUGAAAAAAUUGGAGCAGAAGAUUGCACCUUAUCGCCCAGAGUACAGAAGAGCGAAGGGGAUUGAUCACUCGGAACUACUUGUGAUUGUCGCUCCGGACGCGGCAAGGAUUCCUCCGAGUUUAUCCGGGUAUAGCUAUGGUUCGGCCAUCUGUGUCGAAAUCAAACCCAAAUUCGGUGCCUUCUUUCUUUGGCCGUCGACUGACUCUGUGCAUACAGUGAAAUCAUCUAGCGGGCUUUUCUGUCUGCGACAAAAUCAUUCAACCAAACAGUCACGAUGGCAACAGCUAUCGAACUACUGUCCCUGUGACUUGUUUUCCGGUGAUCGCAAUCGAAUGGCUCGAAGUCUUUGGGCCUUGCUUGACACACCUCAGAUCAAUUUGCGCAUACACCUGGAUACCCAACUAAUCUUCUCAUAUGAGGUUGAUCGUUUGGAUAGAGGACUUGACAGCUUUUUCUGGGACACGACGUACAAGACGUGCGGUGGUGCUAAUGGACUUAACGGUCUUAACGGAGUUUGCGAAAAUGGAUGCAAUGAAGAGAGCGUACACAAAUGUAAGAAGAAUCGUGAGUGUCCGUUCACAAAUGACCGGGAUCGGCUUAUACGUGGUCUUCUGCUCGAUGCGUUGUUGCAUGAGCUGAAUUCAGAGAAUGACUCUUCUGCGCCCAUCUCGUUGUACCCUGGUGAUCGGGUGGCAUUUUCCAUGAAUUGUCGAUUCCAUCGUGCCUUGCGUCGCGCACAAUACCCGCAGUUGGAUGCCUCCAAAGUUCCUAUCAAUGGGGACAGUAGCACAACCUCGUCGGACCAGCUACCUCCGGAUGGUUCAAUUCUGGGUCGAGUUUUGGCCACCCAACUACUGAGUCGCGUGGACAUAUGCUUUGUCGUUCCACAUUAUGAGCGUGUAUGCGAAUGCUUGAUCGCAAAUAGACUUACGUGGGAUGAUUACGUCGGUCUGGCGGACUCAGAUCGCACUCACCUCUUGGGUGAUUCACCUGAGCUAGUGAAAAGUUUUGAUAUCGUGGAAAAGUACCUGAUCUCAUUGGUCGCUCGUGACUGCUCCAUUAUGAUCUGUUUACGACGUGCACUUCCUGGUUGCCCGGAUUGGGUCCCUACAGUUGGCAACACGUGUGCAUGCGUACCGCGCAUGAUUAUGAACGCGGUCAUUAUCGACCUAGACCCGAAACCACUAAAGAAAAUCCGUGACCGUCUCUCGGUCGAGGAAUCGAUCGUUCAUCAAACUUUAGCACAACAUCCGUGGCUGUUGGAUUCAGCUUGAGCCUGAAUUCAACUCCAGCUGUAGAACGUCUUCCUCAACUAUUUGUCACUUUCUGCCAACCGACUCAUCUUCAGGCAGACCCGUACUGACCCUUAGUCUUUCCUUUGAGAGAAUUUUUGUAUCCACAUACAGAAAUUUUUUUACUCCCACCUCAUUGUUCUUAGCUUGUUUUUCUCCCUUCCUCCGUGCCUCUGUCCUACUUCUAUUUUCCCCACCUGGAAGACUCGAAUCGUUCCUCCCAUGGAUGAACUGUCUCUUUCGCCACAUAGAAAGUGGCUCAGAUCUUUCAUUGUAGAUCUAUUUUUGUUUUGG